AUAACAAACCACCCACUUAUUUUGUAGCCUACCGUUGGGGAGUCACGAGAAGUUUAACGUAAGCGAAGCUCAACUGAAAAUGACACUGAGGUGAAUGGAGAUGACACAGGUGUACCUCACGAAAACGUCUUCGCAGGGAGGAAUACUAAAGCGAGCGUGUGAGGUUCUUGGCCGCCUACUUUGUUAGCCCACUUGGACUCGGGGUGGCUCGGCUUGUGGAGGAAUCGCUGUAGCUGCUAGCGAAGCACGUUAGCCGCUAAUUCCCGCAGCUAGUGAGCAAACUAACGUUAGCCUCUUCGCCCGAGUGAAGUGAACAAGUCGAGGUGUGUCAAGAUAACGGCGCCGGGGCUAAUUUUGGAAGGCUGGAUAUAUUCCCGGGAGGUGUUAUCGACACCGGUGCCAACUGCAUUGUUGCGCCGCUCCCCUGCCCUCUUCUCAUUGUUGGCGGAGCGUCCUUACUGCACACCGCUGAGUUUAUGCUAGCAACGGUUGCAGCCAGCUACAGCAAUGUGCCACAUUAGCUAACGAACAUAUAGUUUGUUUUUUGGACAAUCGUGAGUGGAUACUGUCACCGGUGCUAGUUUUUGGAAACCGACGUGGUUGUAUCAUACGACCGUGACGCCCGUAUAUUAACUGUACUUUCAUGUCGUAUCAUCCGACAUCUAAUAGUCCUUCCAGAAGAACAAGACGCGGAGCAUGCAGGAGAAGAAAAGACUACAUAUAAGUAGAUAGGGACGUUGGACACAACCGAGUUAAAUUGGACUGUGUGGUUAGUCGAGGAACGAAAUAGGGGUUGCAUUUGGUGGUCUGACUGACAGAGAAAGUAAAGGAUGAAGAAGUUUUCCAGAAUGCCAAAGUCCGAGAGCGGUGGGCUCGGAGGGGCGUCCGGCUCCAGCUCCGGAGUCAGCAGCUACUUCGGGAAAGUGUUUGCCGUCGGCCGCUAUCAAGUCACCGUGGAUGAGCUAAUUGCAGAGGGGGGCUUUUCUGUGGUGUUUCUGGCUCGUACGCACAGCGGUGUUCGCUGCGCUCUCAAAAGGAUGUAUGUCAACAACGUCCCAGACCUGAAUGUAUACAAGAGAGAGAUCACUAUCAUGAAGGAGCUGUCAGGCCAUAAAAACAUUGUCGGCUACCUGGAUUCUACAAUAAAUGCGGUGUCGGACAGUGUCUGGGAGGUCCUGAUCCUAAUGGAAUACUGUAAAGCAGGUCAGGUGGUGAAGCAGAUGAACCAGCGGCUGAAUGUGGGCUUCAGUGAGGCUGAGGUCCUCCACAUCUUCUGUGACACGUGUGAGGCGGUAGCCCGCCUGCACCAAUGCAAGACACCCAUCAUCCACAGAGACCUCAAAGUGGAAAACAUCCUGCUGAAUGACCAGGGAAAUUACGUGCUGUGUGACUUCGGCAGUUCCACUCACAAAAUUUUGCUGCCACAUAAAGAUGGAGUGACUGCCGUGGAGGACGAAAUUAAGAAGUACACAACCCUUUCAUAUCGAGCGCCAGAGAUGAUUAACUUGUACGCAGGGAAAGCCAUCACCACUAAGGCUGAUAUAUGGGCACUUGGAUGCUUGUUGUACAAGCUGUGUUUCUUCGCACUUCCAUUUGGGGAGAGUCAAGUUGCCAUAUGUGACGGAACCUUUAUUGUUCCAGAUAACUCCAAAUUCUCCUUCAAGCUGCACUGUUUAAUCAGAUAUAUGCUUGAACCAGACCAGGAGAUGAGACCAGACAUUUACCAAGUGUCCUACUUUGCCUUCAAAUUAGCUGGAAAAGACUGUCCAGUGCCAAAUCUCUUUAACUCUCCCAUCCCUACAUCGCUACCAGAGCCUCUAACCGCUAGUGAGGUCGCAGCUAGGAAAAGCAUGACAAAAGCCAGGAUAACUGACGCUGUGGGCCCGACAGAAACGUCAAUAGCUCCCCGACAAAGGCCUAAAGCGGCAAACAGUAACGUUCUACCCCUUGCCAACACUGUCACCCCUGUCAAGAUGACUGUGUCGUCAGCACCCGUCAGCAAUGGCCAGAAAGCUCCCACCCCUGGCUCUGGGCAGCCAUCCAUGCAGUCCCAGCCCAGCAGUCAGCAACACAGAGUCCUGCAGCAGCUCCAGCCUGGGGACCUGCGUCUACAGCAGCUUCAACAACAACAUCACCAUCAACAUCAACAACAACAACAACAACAACAACAACAACAACAACAACAAGCUGUGCAGCAACAACAUGCAAAUGCACAGCAACUCCAAUACAUCCAGUACCAACAGGCUGUGCAGCAGUCCCUCCAGCUUCAGCAGCAGCAGGCCCUCCUCCAGCAGCAACAGCAGCAGGCCCUCCUCCAGCAGCAACAGCAGCAGGCCCUCCUACAGCAGCGGCAGCAGCAGAUGAUGAUGCAGCCCAUGUACCAGCAGCAGGUCGCUCAGGCCCAGGUCCAGGCCCAGGCUCAGUACACAGCUAUGCUGCACCAGUACCAACAGGCUUUUGUCCAGCAGCAGCAACAGCAGCAGCAGCAGCAACAUCAUCAUCAACAUAAUCAACCUCCGCAGCAGCAGCACCCUGCUCAGCAGCCUCCCCCCUAUAUGUCAUCCCCUCUUGAGUUCCAGAUUCCGCUGGGUUCCUAUAAUGCGACCACGCCCUCUGCUGGAGCUGGGCAGAUGGGGGGACCGUCCCCUGUGGAUCCCUCAUACACUAACCCCAGAAACCCUAUGCUUGCUUCAGAUGGGAUCACGCCACCCUCCCACAGCUGUAGUAGUACAGUAACUAACCCCCCCGACAUGUCGCGCUGGAACCCUUUCGGAGAGGACAACUUCUCCAAGUUGACCGAGGAGGAGCUGAUUGACCGGGAGUUUGACAUGCUCAGAGCAAACAAGCCAUUGGAGAGAACAGCCAGCGUGGAAAAGGACCGACCGCAGCCUGCUUCCUCCACCAAGCCCCUGCUACCAGAGGACCUCUUCGGCUCAGUCCCGUUCGUGGCCAGCGCAGGUACCGAUGAGAUAAAGGCUGAGCAGACCAGUGAGGAAGUCAGCGUUCCCGCCCUCAUCCCAGCCACUGCAGAGGAUCUGCAGCCGGCGGUGCACAAGGAGCACAAGCUUGGCAAAAAGAGCAACUGCAGACCAGGUGAAGAUUCUGACAGCGACUUUGAGUCUGACCCACCUUCGCCAAAAAGCAGCGAGGACGAAGAGCUGGAGGAAGAAGAAGGCCUGAACAGUGAGCACAGUGAAGACACCGAGCCAGAGAAUUUAGGACAGAGGCCUCUGCUGAUGGACUCUGAGGAAGAAGGAGAGGAAGAUGAAGACAAGCACAGCUCUGACUCAGACUACGACCCCAGCAAGGUCAAGAGCCGCUCAAAGAAAGCUCUGGCCACCAAAGCAGCUUCGGCUGCCACCAAGAGGAGUCCUCAGAAGGAUUCGGCCAUGACUCUGAUCACCCCUCCUGAGUCUCCCAGCGGAGCGAGAGCUGCUCCAGCUGUGGGAUCUGUCGAUGUUUUUGGUGCUGUUCCCUUCCUCGGAGGAACCUCGCCUGUCGGGCCUUCAGAAAGCUCGGACAUCUUUGCCAAAGCGCCUUUCAGGCAAGUCAGCUAUGAGCAGCAAGCUACAGGCGAGUUUGAUGUUUUUACCAAAGCGCCAUUCAGCCGGAACCUCUCCAAGUCGGGCAAGAGUGGCAGUGAUGUUCCCAUGGGCCAAACACCGCCCAUUUCCCCUGAGGGCAUUGACAUUUUUGGCUUCUCUCCCUUUCAGCCGGGCCCCACAGCACACCCUCCCACCACUUCUAGAAGUGCAGAAGACAUCUUCCAGCCGUUUUUUGAGGAGUCAGCCAGCCCUCAGCAGCAGAGGCUCAAACAGCGCAGCCUCCAGAAGCUGUCGUCACGCCAGAGAAAAACCAAGCAGGAUGCCACAGCAGGCGGCAGCAAUGGCAAACGCCACCACAGUACGCCGACCGGCGGCCGCAAGACCAACAAGCCAACUUACCGCACACCUGAGCGAGUCCGCAGACACAAGAAGGUUGGCCGGAGAGACUCGCAGAGCAGCAACGAGUUCCUUAGCACCUCUGACUCUAAAGAGAACAUCAGUGUUGAUAUAACCAUGGCUGAAGGGAAAGACAAAGGCGCUUCUCUGCCGGUAGACGAGGCCCUUUUAGACCCGUUCGGAGCCAAACCUUUCCAUCCUCUCGAUGGGAGCCGGCACGGCCAGUAUCAAGGUCUCGCCGACGGCAAGAAUGAGUUGGGCACAGCUAAUGGCAAGUCCUGGACUGGCCCCCUACACGGUGGUCUUGGAACCAGCAGCAUGGAUGAUUUCGGGGCGGUGCCUUUCACAGAAUCGGUCAGCCACCGGGGACCUCAGCAGCAACAGCCGCCAACGGCCUCACAGCCGGUGGACCUCGACCCGUUUGGAGCUGCACCUUUUCCCACAAAGCAGUGACUUUUUUCUUGUCUUCCCACUCUGCCAGUUGCUGAUUAAUAACCCCUCAGUUUUAAAAAAAAUCUUCAACCAAUCAACGAGCUAACAAUGCCCUAACACUUUUUUUUUUUAAGAACAUUUUAAUACAUCUCUCUGUUUGAAUACCUAAAACCUAAAUCCUGUGGAGUGUGAGUGAUGUUUCCACAUAUCUUUUAGCUGUACCUGUUUGCUGAGAAGCCUUUUAUGCUGCAUCUUAACGCUUGUAAAGACAUUUGAACCAGAACGGAAAACUCACUCAAAUCGUACUGUGAUUAUAAGCUUGACCGCUUGACUCGCUGCAAAAAGCUCUUUACGGCUUGCCUUCUGAUCUACCAAUAUGUUUUUUUUUAGCACCACAAAGCCUUACCUGAGCUGGGCUCUGCCUUGCUGCACAGUACCUCGGAAACCACGACACGGUCGGCCCAGUUGGCCUUUCAUGUCCGUGGAAUCGUUCGGGAGUUAACCUUAACCACUUUGUUUUACCUUCUGAGAUCUUUCUCUAGUUCUUUCUCUUUACAUCAUUUCACAGUAGUCUUUACGCAACCGAUUGUGGCUGUGAUAUGUGUUGCAUUACACUUUGAAUACUAGAAGGGAUCAAAUUUGUUGUACUUCCUUUUAAAAGUUGUUAAUCAGGUAUGGUUUCAUUUUAGGCUCCGAACUGUUUUAACUUUUGUUUUUAACGGUAAGCGUCUAGGUAAGUAGUGUUAAUUUUGUACUGUAUUAAGUUUUAACUCAACACAUUCUGUUCGAAAUAAGAACAUAAACACAAAGCCAAAUUAGAUCACCAGAUUUUGACCGCCAU